CCACAUUGUGCAAUGCAAAGGCACUGUUCUAAUGUAACUCAACAUUGAAACGUAUUGUUUUGGUGGUCAUUCACUGAUGGAUUAGCAGUAUAGAUUUAUAGCUGUGUAUUGCGUUUUGAGUUUUUCUCAGCGUCCAUUGUCGACAAACGUGAAAACGGAAAUUGAUUUGAUUUGCAUUCUUCCCUUCCUUGUGUUGCACUUGUUUUUGUCCCCAAAAUGGCGAAUCUAGCGGCUGCAGUCGCCGCCGCGGCGGCGAACAGAGACCCAGCCGUCGACCGGUCACUGCGUUCAGUGUUUGUGGGGAAUAUUCCGUAUGAAGCUACGGAGGAGCAGCUUAAAGACAUCUUCUCCGAAGUGGGACUUGUUGUCAGUUUUAGAUUGGUGUACGACAGGGAAACGGGAAAGCCCAAGGGAUAUGGCUUUUGUGAGUAUCAGGACCAGGAGACGGCUCUCAGUGCCAUGCGGAACCUCAACGGGCGAGAGUUCAGUGGCCGGGCUCUCCGUGUUGACAACGCUGCCAGUGAAAAAAACAAAGAGGAGCUCAAAAGCUUAGGUUUGGGCACCGGUGCACCCGUCAUCGAGUCCCCGUAUGGGGACAAUGUACGGUGUGACGAGGCCCCAGAGUCAAUCAGCAGGGCGGUGGCCAGUCUGCCCCCAGAGCAGAUGUUUGAGCUCAUGAAACAAAUGAAGCUUUGUGUCCAAAACAGUCCCCAAGAGGCGAGGAACAUGCUGCUGCAGAACCCACAGCUGGCCUACGCUUUGCUGCAGGCCCAGGUGGUCAUGAGGAUCGUGGAUCCAGAAAUCGCUUUGAAAAUGCUCCACCGGCAGAAUACAGUCGCACCUUUGAUCACCAACCAGGGACCUUCAGCAUCCAUUCCUCCUUCAGCCCAGGUGGCCGCCCCGGUGCCCCAGCCACAGCCCAUGCAAACGGGCAUGCAUGUGAACGGAGCCCCUCAGAUGAUGCAGCCUCCCCCCAUGGUCCAGGGGCAAGCCCCCGUACCCGGACCCGUGGGCCCACCAGGGCCAGGUGGGCUGCCCCCCAGAGGCCUGCUUGGAGACGGGCCUAACGACCCCCGGGGCGGCUCUCUUCUGUCUGUCACAGGAGAGGUCAUCGAGCCCGCUGGUUACAUGGGGCCGCCGCCACCCCACCAGGCGCCACCAAUGCACAUGGGCCAAAUGGGCAGUGGCCCGCCACCAGACAUGAGAGGGCCCCCCCACGAUAUGAGAGGCCCACCCAUGGGGGAGCAGAGGAACAUGAUGGGGGACCCCAGAGGACCGCCCAUGAUGGAGCCCCGGGGCCCACCGAUAGAGAGCCGAGGUCGUGACCCCAGAGCCAUGGACGCCCGCGGGCCUGCGGCUGGACAGAGAGUUCCCAUUGCUGGAGGGGGAAUGCAGGGGCAAGGACAACACAACAUGGCUGCCAAUGUGCCGCCACCUGCAAGACCGGGUCCUGGCGUCCCACAGUCUGGAGGAGGCUUCAGCCCGAGCCAAAGCCAGGUCUCCUCACAAGACCAGGAGAAGGCCGCCUUGAUCAUGCAAGUGCUCCAGCUCACCCCUGAACAGAUCGCCAUGCUGCCCCCGGAGCAGAGACAGAGCAUUCUCAUCCUCAAAGAGCAGAUCCAGAAGACAGCUGGAGCCCCUUGACCUCCUCGCACUGACAAAGUGCUGUAUUUUUUGGAGCCAGGACGGAGAUUUGGCAGUUUGUGGACUAUGACAUGUGGGACGGCUGAACAAAACUCAGUUGGCACUAUCCUGCCAUGGUCACUCUUUUCAAGUCCUAUUUUUCUCCUCUUCAAUGCUGUAUAAACUUUGUUUUAAUUUCUGUUCAUCAAUAAAAACUGAAAAAUAAACUUGAUCCUAAACUGUCUUUUGUAUUGGU